CGUGGAAGGAUGGAAGAGAGCAGAUGAAGAGACAGCAACGGGAGAGUAGUAAGACAGAGAGGGGGGAGGAUUUCUAGCACUGAGCGGCGUGCUUGUGAGACAACUUUCAACUCCAGUGGAACGCAGGCAGUCAGAUACGCAUUGCUCUUUCCUUCUCUUUGACACAGACACACGCAAAGGUAGGAUGCUCCUUCCUGCCGCUCUGAUGCUGCCGGUGCUGCUGGCCCUGGGCUGGGCAGGGGGCGCCCGCGGCUUCGCCCGGCUCAACCAGGACGUGGCGCUGCGGUCGGCCUUCUCCGUGGCGCGCACCAACAGCAUGGAGGGCGGGCCGAAGAUGACGGUGACCUUCGACGCCGUCUACGUCAACAUCGGCGGCGACUUCGAGGCGAAGGCCGGCCUGUUCCGCUGCCGCAUCCCCGGGGCGUACUUCUUCUCCUUCACCGUGGGCAAGUUCCCCCACAAGGACCUCUCCGUCAUGCUGAUGAAGAACCGCAAUGAGGUGCAGGCCAUCGUCUACGAGGAGAACUCUGGGGAGGAGCGCAAGGUGCAGAGCCAGAGUGUCAUGCUGGCGCUGGACUUCGGCGACACCAUAUGGCUCCGUCUCCACGGCGACCCCCGCUACGCGCUCUACAGUAACACCGGACACUACACCACCUUCAGCGGCUACCUGGUCUACCCGGACACCUACGACUACCAGUCCCAGCAGCGCCGCCAGCACAGCGCCUACAACUCCCAGCAGGCACCGCUGCAGGAACACACCACGCCCUCCAAAGACAAAGCUGCCGCCGAGCGCGACGCGUUGGGACUGACCGACCAGAAGAGGCAGCAGGUGGAGGAGGAGGAGCACGUCAAAGAGGAGGCGGACGAAGAGGAGGAUGUGGAGGAGGAGGAGGAGGAUGAGGAAGAGGACGACCAGCGCUCCGCCUUCUCGGUGGGCCGCACCCAGAGCAUCAUGGGAGUGGACCAGCGGGGCCUGCCGCAGCACCAACCGGUCACCUUCGACGCGGCCUUCGUCAACAUCGGCGAGGACUUCAACCUGACGCUGGGCGUGUUCACCUGCCGCGUGGCCGGAGCCUACUACUUCUCCUUCAACGUGGGCAAGCUGCCCCACAAGACGCUGUCGGUGAAGCUGAUGAAGAACCAGCUGGAGGUCCAGGCGAUGAUCUACGACGACAGCCAGGGGGAGAAGGCCCUGCAGAGCCAGAGCCUGAUGCUGGCCCUGAAGCCCGGGGACACCGUGUGGCUGUACUCCCACCAGAAGGACGGCUUCGGGGCGUACAGUAACCACGCCAAGUACAUCACCUUCACCGGCUUCCUAGUUUACCCCGACGUCCCCACCCCCACAACCGUCAGCAGCCAAUCAAAGGCCGGGGAGAGGAAACCCUAGCUGCCCAGGAGUUUGGGAGACAGGAGAGGGCCGCAGGUGGAUGCCAGGGACUUGUACGAGAUGGAGUAGGCUGUGGAGUGAGGACGAGGUCUCAGGAGUGGUGGGGUUCGUGGGUUGGACGCUAAGGUGGAUGGAGGGAGUCUAAGGCAGGAGCUGGUGUGUAGAUAUAUUUUGCUUUGCGGCAGACCUGCUGUACCGUCAGGGGAACCACCUGUCUUCAAUGUAGAGCUGACUGCAUCCCCAGGAUUUUCCUUCAUGGUUUUGAAGAACCACAUGGAUCCAUGAAUGACUGGCAGUGAUGUUGAAUGCUUCUUCUCCCGUUCUUUAGGAUAAAAACGGACUGAGGAAAAAUGUAUAAAAAAUUGUUGCCCUUGUAUUUUUGAUGGUUUACAAAGUGUGUGAAAAUCAUGUGGACAGUUUUGUGUGAAAAGCCGUAUUUCAUUUUAUAUUUCACUCAAGAGAAUUGGUCACAGAGAGAGAGGGAAAUAAAGAAUGUGUCGAACUGUAGACAAUAUCCAUUCUGCUUCCAAUGUCUUUUAGCACAUGCUUAAUAUAUUACCCCGAGGCGACAUGGCCAUAAUUUAUCGCCCAAUUCGAGCAAGAAAAAUAACUUUAUGUCUUCGGAUACUGAACACUGUGGAGAAAAAAAUAAUUGCUCAUCUCACGCCAAUAACCAUGUCUGUUCGAUUUCAGACUGCCGCGAGACACACGACGUUGCUCAUUUUGUAAUCAACUCCGACUUAAUUAAUUCACCUCUUUCCGCUCGAUAGGAGCCAUUUGAAUUAAUACCACGUUAGGGUAUAAUAUUCCAUUUUCUUUGAAGCAAUGCCAUGCCACAUGAGAUCAUCAGAGCUUAGACGCCAGAUCCAGGCUGGUACACUUCUUACAAGCAAGACAGUUGAAUUACUAUAGAGCGUCCGAGACUUAUUUGGUGUAAUGUACCAUGGCAAUGAGGCCACAGUUGUCCGGGGAGAGCUCGUAACAAGGCACCAGCCCCCUGGAUUCACAGUUCACACUCACACACUCAGCAACAGCAGACCUCCAUUUCUCUCCCUCACCGCUAAACGGAAUGGAAGCGCGCUGCGGCGCUAAUGCGCGUCUGUGACAGUGAAGCGUCAGUGGCUUUGUGUUCCCCGUCGUUAUCUGUAACGUGCACACCUGGUGAAACAGCGGGACAGAUGUUUAAUGUGAAUGCUUCGGUUCUGCUAAAUGGGGCCGAACUAAACCAAUAUAACUUUCUCUCUCAACUUCCACCCAGGGAAUAGGUUGACCGCUACAAUGGUGAGGAAAAGGAAACGGAGAUGAACUUGUGGGAGAUGAAAUUGUGAUAAUUCUUUUGACAACCUCAAAUGGGAGCUUGUGUUUAUGCAUGCAUGCCGUAGGAAAUCCUCUGAAAUAAAAAAAAACGAAAAAUACAUUUCCACAGCUUGACAGUCCCGAUCCAUUACUUGUAACGAUGUUCUAACGCAACGGAGGUUCUGUACAAUGUGUUGGAUGUAUGCUUCUUAUUCUCCAAUAAAAAAUGUCAAUCUUGAUGUCAAUCGGAGCUGUGUGGACUUGCACACAAACUAUUCAGAAUCUGCAGCUGUUAUUUUGAUUUGGUGCAAGGAAAAAACAAUGUAUAGUGACAAACCAGCAAUCUUUUAUAAAAAAUAAAAAAAACUACAAUGGUUGGCUUGAUCAGACACAAUUAUAAAAGUACUUAUUGUUGUAACUGUAAAUUGUGUGGAAUAUUUUGAAUACUUCAUCUGUAAACAAAAGCUUCAAAAACUUGCCAAAAUAAAAUGGAAGAAAUAUUUAAA